GGAAUAUUUAUUCUGAAAUUCCUCAAUUCUUUUCCACGACACGAGGUUCUUCUGUUUUGAAAUUAAUUGUCAUGAAUUCGUAAUAAUUAUUCGCUGAAACUUAAGGAACUUUAAGUUCUGAUAAUCUACUCACUAGUCAACACAAAUUAUAAUGUCAUCGUGACGUACGGGAUAUGGAGUAGAGGAUUGUUCUAUGGAGAUAAUUACAUUUGGUAUAGUAGGUGAGAUUGAGAGCCACAAUGAAUGUGGGAGCUAGUGGCGACAUGGCUGCGGAGGUGGGGUUGAUUGCGGACGAGCUCAGCCGCGCGGUUGAGCUCACCAUGAACCCUACUGUCUCCCAUGAGGCACGCAGCCAGGCCUACAACGCUUGUGAGAGUUUCAAGGAGAACUCUCCGUGGUGUGCGCAGGCCGGGCUGCUGCUGGCUAGUGGCAGCCAGUACUCAGCCGUAGUCAAACACUUUGGCCUGCAACUUAUGGAGAACACGGUCAAGUACAAGUGGACGCAGAUCACGCAGGCUGAGAAGAUAUUUAUUAAGGAAAACGCAAUGAAACUGCUGUACAUGGGCGGGUGGGAGACUGGGCACCUCAACGACGCGCUCGCCCGCGUGAUCGUGGAGAUGAUCAAGCGCGAGUGGCCUCAGCAGUGGCCCACGCUGCUGAGUGAGCUCAGCGACGCUUGUUCCCGUGGACAUCUGCACACUCAGAUCGUGUUGCACGUAUUUCUGCGGCUCGUUGAAGAUGUGGCUACGCUGCAGACGUUAGAACAACACCAGCGCCGUAAGGACAUCUACCAGGCUCUCACGAGCAACAUGGCAGAGAUAUUCGCGUUCUUCAUGCGGCUCAUAGAGCUGCACGUGCAACAGUUCAGGGAGCACACAGCCGCUGGUGACUACACCGCCGCCGCGAGCAACGGACGCGUUGUUCAGGUGGUGCUGGUGACCCUGACGGGGUUCGUGGAGUGGGUGUCUACCAGCCACGUGGUGACUCACAAUGGGCGGCUGCUGCACAUACUGUGCCUGCUGCUGCAGGACCACAGCUUCCACCUCCCCGCGGCAGAGUGCUUGCUGCAGAUCGUCAACAGGAAGGGAUCUACGAAGGAGCGCAAGCCGCUAAUGAUCCUGUUCAGCGAGGAAGCCAUCACGUGCAUCCACCGCGCCGCGCUCGCCAGCAUCAACACCGUCGACGAGAAACACUACCUCUUCCUCAAGAAACUCUCACAGGUACUAGCCGGCCUAGCUCAGCAACUGACAACCUUAUACAGCUACGCAUCAAACGUGGACUCGUGGCUGGGCGUGUACUUAGAGACGGCGCUACUACUCACUGCGCACCCCUCCCUGACGCUCGCGCACAACGCCAACUCCGUGUGGUUGGCACUACUGAAGCACGAUCAGAUCGCCAAGUUGCCGCACGUGCUGGCGAUUGUGCCAAGGUGGCUGCAAGCUGCCGCCCCUAAAGUGCUUAAGGUGACGUACCCUGCGUCGCGCGUGAGCGGCGUGCACGCCACGAGCACGUACAUCUGCAUGGACUACGACAGCGACCACGAGUUCGCCAUCUUCUUCAACCGCUGCCGCACCGAGAUACUCGAUAGCUUUAGACACUGUAUGACGGCGGCGCCGCUAGUGACGUGGGCGUACGUGGAGCAGUGGACGCGGGCGGCCCUGGACAAGGUGGACUCGUGUCCGCAGCAGAUGGACCAGCACCACCCGCUGCAUGUGGAGUGGGAGGCGCUCUCACAGGUGCUGGACGUGGUCCUGUCCCGGCUGCUGGUGUCGGAGCCCCGGCCCGGCGUGGUGGAGGGCCUGCAGCUGCUGCAGCGCUGCGUGCUGGCCAGCCCGCCACACCCGCUGCUGCUGUCGCUGCUGCUGUCCUUCAUCUCCGCACUCUUCGUGUUCCUCAGCUGCGCCUACAGUCAGCUGGCUGGCCCAGGCGUGGGCGUGGCGGGCGCGGAGCUGCUGCCGCGCGUGCUGGACAAGAUCUUCGCGGCGCUGCUGUACGAGGGCACGCCGCCCGGGCUGGCCGCGCGGCGCUGCCGGGACGUCAAGAACGUCAGGAGGCACGCCGCCGGCCUGCUCGUCAAACUCGGCUCUAAGUACCCGCUCCUGCUGCUGCCCGUGUUCCCCCGGCUGCACGACAUGGUCCGCGCCGCCCUGGCCCGCCCCGACCUCAGCGCCGUGGAGAGUGUCACGCUGCAGGAGGCGCUACUACUGGUCUCCAACCACUUCUGCUGCUUCGAGCGGCAGAGCGCGCUCGUUGCUCAGGUGCUGGGCGACUGCAGCGCCCGCUGGGAGGCGCUGGCGCCGCACGUGUCGUCGGCGGCGGCGCUGGCCGCGCUGACGGGGCUGCAGGCGCCGCCCGCCGCCGCCGACGUCGACGACGAGCGCGGCCGCGCGCGCCGCACGCUGCUGCACGCGCUCACGCUGCUGCUGGGCGUCGUCAAGCGGACACAAGUGCCCAGCGACCCCGACAAAGCGUCCCGCGGCGGGUUCAGCGCGGGCGUGUCGGCCUCAGGCAACCCGAUAUGGCGCAACCCGUGCGCGGCGCACGUGCUGCCGCUGUUCCCGCACGCGCUGGCGCUGGGCCGCGCGCUGCACGAGCUGCACGCGCCCGAGAACCAGCACCUGCGGCACCCGGCGCACGCCAGGGCGCUCGACCUGUCCGUCGCCGAGCGCAGGAACCUGCUGGGCCUGAGGGACCACGAGGGGAGCGGGGCCUCCGUGCCGGCCGACAGGAUGCAGAACUUCUUGCAUACCUUGCACGAUAAUGUGUGCCACCUAGUAGGCGCCGCAGCGAGCACGCUGGGCCGCGAGCUGUACUCGGUGCCGGGGCUGGCCAAGUUCCUGUCGUCGUCGCUGCUGCACGGGCUGGAGCGGCUGCCCGACCACUGGCUGCGGCCCGUGGUGCGCGCGGCGCUGAAGCCGCUGCUGCUGCACUGCCCGCCCGCGCACUACGCCAGCGUGGCGCUGCCCAUCGCGCAGCACUCGCAUUGCUUCAUGUUAAUGCACCUAUCCCAGCGCUGGGAGUAUAUUACGUCGCUGUACGAGUCGGGCAAGCUAGAAGAGGAAGCCGGCAGCGAGUCGCAGGAGGUGCUCGAGGACAUGCUAGUCAGGAACCUCACACGGGAGUACUUGGAAGUUCUCAAGAUAACGCUGGUGGAGGGCGGCGUGAGCGCGGAGGCUCACGGCGGCGACAUGGAGGAGGACGCGGCGCCCGCGGCGGCCCGCGCGCCCGAGCACGUGUCGGAGCUGGGCGCGCUGCUGCUGGCGCACCCCGUGGCCGGCGUGGCCGCGCUGCACACCAUCCUGCGAGCGCUGACGUGGAACGACUCGACGUCGUCGCUGCGCGCAUGCGCGCUGGCGCUGCCGGCGCUGCGCGCGGCGCUGGAGGCGGGCCGCGUGGGCGCGGCCGACGCCAGCGGCGCGCUGGCCGCCGUGCUGCAGGCGCUGCGCACGCACGGCCAGCACGACGCCAACCAGGCCGCGCUGCUGGCGCUGGCUGUGCAGACAUACGAGCUACUUCGGCCGCGGUUCCCAAGCAUCGUGUCCGUGCUACGAGCCAUCCCCGACGUGGAGCCGCACGACGUGCUGCGACUGGAUGAGAAGCUGGCCGCGCCGCACAACAAGCCCAACAAGAUCGACAAGAGCAAGCGGGACUUGUUCAAGAAGAUCACUGCUAGGUUAAUCGGAAGAAACGUCGGCCAGUUAUUCAAGAAAGAAGUAUACAUUCUUGAUCUGCCGACGAUGCAAACUGCGAAAGAGAAACCCCGCAGCGCCGUGGACGCCCCCGAAGGCGCAGGCCUAGAGAAGCUCUUCACCGCCAAUGCGCCCACCUAGCCCACCACACGCCCUGCCCUCACUAGCCAUAUCUACUCGUAAUGUUCAACAUUCUACUGUCAAUAACCAUCCGUAUGUUAUUUAAUUAUAAUUGUAUUAAAUUA